ACGGCUCAUUCGAUGCAAGAGCCUCCAAGCACUUCCCCUACACCCACAACGCGAUCUGACCCUGCCAGUGAUCUCGCCGACAACGAAGAAGAUAACUCAAAUACACCCCCAGGGAAGAGAAAAGCUAUCGAGAGCCCUAUUUCCGUUCCGAGGCUCCAGAAGGUUCCGCGUUUCAAUGAUAGUAAUCAGCGCGAGAAUCGUGCUGAAGUGUCGUUUGAAAUCCCGUUCCUCUUGUUUGUCCCAACCUGCGCGUCCUGAGAAAGGCAAAGAUCGUGCGUCAAGCGGGGGGUCAACCUCUUCGCUGGGUGAUAAUAUAUCAACUAUGCUCGAGAAGCAAAAGACGCGGUACAAGCGCGUGGAGACAGCUCGCAAGACAGCUCGCAAGACUACUGGAGGCCUCAGAGUAUCCACUUCAGACCUUUUUCGCGCAGUUCAGAAGUCCAGCAGUGGUUCUGACGUUUCUGCUGCUGCCACUCGUGUGCGAAGAGCUUCUGGUAGAGGGUUCCUGCCUCCGCCCACUAGAGACGUCAUUGAGCUCACUGACUCUUCGGAUUCUGCGAGACGAAGAAUGAUCCGCAAUGACGAUACCAUCAUCAUCUUGAGCUCAGAUGGAGGCACUCCUCCAAGACAACCUCAGCCAUCGCAGAAGCCGACUUCCCGCAACGCAGGCCCUCGACAUCCACCUCCUGCUGAUGCUGAAGUUAUUUGCAUAUCAGACAGUGAUGAUGACAAUGCACCUGCUCCCCCGCCAACGACUGUUGUUCUUCCCAUUCAGGCACCCAAUCCUCGCCUACCUUCGCCAUCUCCGAUGGUUAUGGAACCAGAAAAUGAAGCGACUGCCCGAUCUCGAAUUUCAAGUUCCAGAAGACUCGUUCUAUGUACCGAUGGAACCUGAAUCCAACUUUGACGAAGGACUUGCAAGCUCAGAACUGCAACGUCAAACAGAGGAAUUGUUUUCGUAUAUUGAUUUGGAUCCCCAGAACCAGAUAACGCUGAUCGAAUCGAUAGUCC